AUGGCACUAGUGGAAGAUCCCCCGGUCCAUGAUCUGUCGAAGAUUAACGCAAUUAAGAGCCCUUUGGGUUUGAAUGGAACACCAACUGUGACUGUGCAGAAUAAUGUAGUCAAUGAUUCUGAGUCGGAUAACUCAACGGCACAGCACCAGUUCGAGCUCGAGGAACAUCCAAUUGAUCAAGUGAGGCCUAUCAAGGUCGGUAUUAUCGGUGCCGGCCUUGCUGGUGUUACAGCUGGCGUUAUACUGCCGGCGAAACUGCCAGGUCUGGAUCUCCGAAUUUGGGACAAGAAUUCAGACGUGGUAUGUGUCUCUUUACAAGGCGGAACCUGGUUCGAAAAUACAUAUCCCGGUGUCCGCUGCGAUAUCCCCGCACAUGCCUACCAAUCCGGCUUCGCACCCAAUACCCAAUGGACCGAAGAGUUUGCCCAAGGACACGAAAUCAGAGACUAUUGGCAGGGAGUGGCGCGGAAGUUUAACGUAUACCAAUACCUGCGCCUCCAACAAAAAGUCCAAAAAGCAGAGUGGUUAGCAGACGAAGGGAAGUGGAAGGUCACCAUUGAGCAUGUAGAUGGCUCAAAUGAGGUCUACGAAGAGAAAUUGGAUGUCCUCAUCAAUGCCAUUGGUCAUUUCAAUGCUUGGAAAUUGCCGGACUAUGAGGGAAUCAACCAAUACAAGGGUGCACUGUUCCACUCCUCUAACUGGGACCACACCGUCGACUUGACAGGCAAACGAGUGGCUCUUAUCGGCAACGGAGCGUCGGGAUUGCAAGUUCUUCCCUCGGCCCAGCCAAUCGCCAGCCACGUCGACCACUAUGCUCGAAAUCCCACUUGGAUUGCAGACUCAUUCGGCGAAACAGCGGGAGUCCGUCGACUGGAGGCCAAUCUUUUCACUCCCGCACAGUUGGACUCGUUCAAGGACCCUAAAACGUACCUAGAAUACCGUAAGGGGGUUGAAGUCAAUUUCUUCCGGCGCUUCGGGUCAAUUUUCAAAGAUACCCCUGAGAACAAUGCCGUGAGAGAGAAAUGGACGGAGCUGAUGCUGAAGCGCAUCGCGGAAAAGCCCGAGCUGGGAGACAAGAUCAUACCUGACUUCCCACCUAACUGUCGUCGUCCAACCCCUGGUCCAGGCUAUCUCGAGGCUUUGACCAAAAGCAACGUUGACUAUAUUCAAACUCGCAUCAAGCGAUUUACCGAGACUGGAAUUGUUACAGAAGACGGCGUCGAGAGACAAGCAGACAUCACUAUCUGUGCUACUGGAGCCAACAUCGACCACGCGCCGCCCUUCUCUAUUAUUGCCGACGGCGUGGACCUCAAACAAGCCUGGAAGAAGGACGGUUUGUUCGGGUUUCCUUACACAUAUAUUGGCUUCGCAACACCAGGAUUCCCCAAUCUUCUCUGGCUCGGCGGACCAUUCUCCUCUGGCCACAGCGGCACAGUCCCGAACAACGUCGAAAACCAAGUGACCUACAUUGCCAAACUGCUCCGCAAGGUCCGCAGCCAAGGUAUCAAGUCUAUUGUGCCCACCAAGCAAGCCGCAGAUGACUUUGUCGAAUACUGUGACAAGUUCUACCCACGCACUGUCUGGUCGGCGAACUGUAGCUCUUGGUAUAAUGGCGGCCAGCCAGGCGGGAGGAUCCAUGGCCUGUUCCCUGGAAGUGCUACGCAUGCAAAUAUUAUUCGCAGAGAGCCGCGUUGGGAGGAUUGGGAGUAUACAUACAUCAACCCCAGUGGGAAUCGGUUUGCGUACUUUGGGAAUGGUUGGUCGGCAAGGGAGUUGACGCCGGGCGCAAAUCUGACGCCGCAUCUAAAGCUGCCGGAGGAAGUUGAUCUGAAGUCAUAUAUGGAGGGGUGGUGGGAUAUAUAG